AUGUUUCCUGUGAAACGGCUCUUGAAGCCGCAUUUGUCUCCUUUGCGGGCUACGCGAGGCGUCCACAGUCUGGCUUCAGUGCAGUCAGCCUGUCAAUUACCAGAGAAGAAACGCCAAGGCCUUCUGUUCCCCUUCAGCGAGCUCCAGCCGUACUUAGACAGGCAAGUGGACCCAGGGAGCUUCCAGCUCUUUCUGCCCAGCGUGGAGGACCUCAGACAUGCAGAAAAACUCUUCACGCCCACCGCCAAACAUCAAAUCAACUAUUUCACCUCGGCCGUUAGAACUGACCACGCGCCCGUGCUAAAACAGCCUGAGGUAUGUUUCAUCGGCAGGAGUAACGUAGGGAAGUCUUCUCUCAUUCGAGCGCUGUUCGCACUGUCUCCUGACGUGGAGGUGCGCGUCUCCAAAACACCGGGCCACACAAAAAAGAUGAACUUUUUCACUGUGGGAAAAGCCUUCACUCUGGUGGACAUGCCAGGAUAUGGACAUAAGGCACCGAGGGACUUUGUGGACAUGGUGGAGCCUUACCUGAGAGAUCGCAAAAAUCUGGUCAGAACGUUCCUGUUGGUGGAUGGGACCGUGGGGCUACAGAAAGCAGAUCUGGUUGCCGUGGAGAUGUGUGAGGAGUUUUGCUUGCCUUUUGCAAUGGUGCUGACUAAAAUUGAUAAGAGCAGACAAGGUUUAUUACUAACCCAUUUACUGCAGCUGAGAGACUUUGUUAAGACCCAGACUCAAAGCUGCUACCCUCAGCCCUUCCUGGUCAGCUCAGUCCAGUUUUCAGGGAUCUACCUCCUCAGAUGCUUUAUAGCCCAUGUGACGGGGAACCUCCAGCUUGGUUCCAAACUGACCUGA